UCAUAUUUGCUGGUGUCUGCUCCUGAUGAUGUUUGUAAACACCACAAGUCUGGUUGACUAUUUGGGAUCAAAAUGGUAUAGUUUGGCUUUCUGUUAAAACUAUAGUGCACCAAGGCUUUAUCAUAUCUAUAAGGCAGAUUAGUUGAGGGGAAGCCAUCUGAACAACUUGAUUCAAAUUUAUUUGAAGAGAUGUCGAGGUGUGUCAAUGAUGCUUUUAAUGUAGUCUACUUGGACUUGAGUAAGUCUUUUGACAAGGUUCCAUGUGGGAGACUAAUGCAAAGGUAAGAGCCCAUGGGAUCCACUGAAAUUAGGCAAAUUGGAUCCACAAUUGACUGAAUAGCAGAAAAGAGAGGAUGAUGGUUGAGAGAUAGAUUUACACUGGGAAAAUCUAUGUCCAAUGGGGUCUCAAAGUAGUUACUGUCGGGGACCUUGCUGGUUUAUAUAAACAAUUUAGUCAUUAUAGGAGCAUUGAUCAGUUACCUUUCAGACGAUAUAAAAGGGUCCAUGAUAGGUCGUGAGGAUGAUAGCCGUCGAUGACAGGGCGAUGAUUAGUAGCAAAUAGAAUUCAAUCUGAAUAAAUACAACAUAGAACUGUCCCCGACAGUAACUACUUUGAGACCCCAUUGGACAUAGAUUUUAUACUCCCCUGAGGGUCUAUUCUCUCUCUUUCCCCCCACCCACCCCUGCCAAUAGUAUCCAAAACGGUAUACCUGUUAGAGAAGGGAAUAGCCACAGGAGACUCCUGCACUACCGGACUGCUUCCCCUGGCGGUCACCCAUCUACCUGACUGAAACUCUAAUGUAACCACCUCACUGUAACUAGUAUCUAUCUCUGCCCUCUGAAUGUGCCUCACUAUGUCCAACUGCUGCACCAAGCAAACAACAUUGUCUGUGAGGAGCUGCAGCUGGUCACACUUCCUUCAGACAUAGUCAUCAGGGACAUUAGACUGCUCCCUGAUCUCCCACAUCUGGCAGGGGGAGCACACCACUACACCAGCUGCCAUUUCUGCCCCUUUACACUAAGAAAGAUAAAAGAAUCUUAUCUUGCCUGCCUUUCUCAGUGAAACCCAGUAUUUGCCUAACCCUGCACUUACGGGUUCCUUAAAUUACAGUGCAAUCUUUACAAGCAGACCAAAUACCUCUAGGCUACAACAAACUUCCUAUCAGUCUCUCUUAAUGUGUCUCCUUUUAUUUUGGUAGGGGAGGAAAAAAGGAUGGAAACACUAUAAUGUAAUGUUUGGUGCUUACUAUUCCUUGACACUGAGUUCUUCCUCACUCCACUGAUUAGUCAUGUUGACUGCGCCAACUUCUCCAAGAAUGCUCAGCAAAGUCUCUCAGCAUCCUCUACUGGAUGCCCUUCCUGCUGCUUAUCACUGGAGGUGUUCUUCCUCAAAAAUGUGAGCUUGGACAGGACAAUUAGUCAGCAAGGUUAGUGGUUAACUGCAAGGUUAGUGAUUCAUAGACUAGACAAUGAUGGACGCCUUGUUGGUUUUUUCAUACAUCAACAUUCUCCAUGACAUUGUCAAUGGGAACAUUGUCUGCAAGUUAAUUCCCACAGAUCUUGCUUGCUGUGUUAACCCAUGAGUUGCCAAACACAGAUUUUUAAUGUCUGAUGCUGUGAUUUAUGAAGAAACAAAUUGGAAUUUUGGCCUUAAUUUCUAAGUGUUGGGUGUUAAAAAUAGGGAGAUCUUGUCAUCACUGUACAAGAUGUUUGUGAUGCUGCUGCUGGUGGACUACUUACAGUUCUGGUCCCAUUAUUCGAGAAGUAGUAUUUUGGUAUUGAAUGCAGUCUAAAAGAGCUUCAAUAGGCUGGUUCAUACAAUAAAGGAUUUGACUGAUCAAGAAUGACCAAACAGGUUAGGCCUUCAUUCAUUAGAGUUUGGAAGAAUAUGGGGAGCCGUUAUUGAAACAUACAAAAUUCUGAGGGACCUUUGCAGGGUAGAUGAUGGCAAGACUUUUCCACUAAUGAGUGAAUCUUGGACUGGGGGACACAGUUACAGAAUAAGGGACAGUAAAUUAUAACUGAGAUGCAAAGGAAUCCCUCUUUUCUCAAUAGAAAUUAAUUUCUGGAAUUGUCCACCCCAAGUCAUGGAAAUCAGAUCACUGAAAGCAUUUAUACAGGAGGCAGAUAAAUUUUGAAAUGGUGAGUUGUGAGCAUUGAGGGUGUGACAUUAAAGAGAAGUUGAGGUUUUGGGCACAUCAGUCCUGAUCUUCAAGAAUGGCAGGCUAGACCUGAAGCAGAAAUAGUCCAUUUGAACACAAUUGUGCUGCUUAAUGAAUGGGGCUUAAUGAUGGAAAUAUGGAAAUGGGAAUCCAUUAUACAGACUACACCCAACAUUGGGCUUGAACCCACAAGUAUGUGUUAGCCAGGCCACCCAAAACAAGCAUUCAAAUCCUAUUUUAUAAGGAGACAAAUGUGGUAUCAACCUGGUACUUCUGUGGGUUUUGAAUUCCCAGGAUUAUGAAGGUAAUUGUUUUACAAAUUCCCAAUGUUUUAGUUCAUUCCUCUCAAUCUCCAGUAACAUCAUUGACAUAUUCCACUUCUCGGAUGUAACUCCUUCAGAAUAUUGUUAUCCAAUUUCAGUAAUUGUUCCAGGAUUUAAUAUUUAAUACAUAUAUUUAAUGUUGCCAUCCUCAUCUUUAAGGAUCCUGUAUCACUCCCAGCUCACAACUCACCAUUUCAAAAUUUAUCUGCCUCCUGUAUAAAUGCGAAUAAAUGUGACAGUCUGCCGCAAUAACCCAUUCAUCUCUGUUACAGAAAGAACUGCUCCUCUGCUGAGUCACACUCAAUGCUUUCAUCAAUUUCUUUGUUCUGCAUGUCACCAACUUCUGCCGCUCCUCAUUUUGUGGACUCGAUUUUGAGAUUUUGGUUACAAAGCACCUGAUGACAGGAAGAAUCUGCUGCAGCCAUUGCCAAGUUUACAAAACCCCUUUCAUUUGAAAAGAAACAUUCGUGAGGAGGGAUUUUCCACAACUAUCAGCUCAGGUUUCCAAAUUGAAGCUCCGAGAUAGUGUGACUCCCUCUGUCUUGUGUAACUUCUACUCACAGGUUUAGUGAGUGCUCCCAUUUGCUUGUUUUACUGGUGCAUUGUUCUCUUUGCCUGGCAUUUUUUUUUUACAUUGCCUGAAUCCUGUCUCUGUCAGUUUGAUCCCUCAUAUUUGUUUAAUGCUAUUCCACUAUUUGCCCCACCCCCCCCACUACACUCAAGUAUGAUGGGUGAAUGGAAUCCUGUUUGGUAACAAGGUGUUCUAAAAGGGGAACUGAGUGUCAUAUCUUGCUUCAGUCUGUGGCUUUGAUGGAUGUCAGUAUAACUUAUUUCUUACCAGUAUUAUUUGACUAUCCCACUUCAUUUUGCAUUCCAUGUUUUUAAAAAACUGGAAAAGUAACUUUUCCGCUUCUGUUGGUGGCUAUGCUACCCAGCAUUCCGGGUACUUUGGAAAGUCUCAUAUUCAUGGAACGUGCAAUCGGUGCACAGGUGUAAAGUCGAUGCAGAAGCGAGCAUACGCAGAAUGAGUGACGACAACGAUGGCGGAGAUUUCCUUCUCAGCUCUGGAAAAAUUACAACUGCACGAUCGAGCGUGAGAUUUCAAAACUGGAAUCUGACAUUCCAGAGGGUAUUAAUUGAGAAAAUUUUGCAGACCAGGAUUUCAAAACAAGUUCUGACAGUCAGCAGAGGCAUCAGGAUCUGAAUAUCAUGGGAACUUAACUGUGGAAGGAAAAAGGUUGGUUUGCAAUUAGAGACUUCAGACGAAAGCACAUCCAAAUCCUGCGGUCGCUCUGUUUGUCAUAACCUAAUUAUCAAAAGGAUUUUGAACAUUGAAGGAUAAAGCACCAUUCACCCCGGAGAGAAACACGUAUCGUCUGUUUGUGGAAGAGUCUGUGAAGAUUCAUGUGCAAUGUCCAAACGCCAACGCAGUCACACUGGAGAGAGACUGUGGAAAUGUGGGGAUUGUGGGAAGGGAUUUCAUUACCCAUCCCAGCUGGAAAAUCACCAACGCAGUCACACUGGGGAGAAGCCAUUCACCUGCUCUGAUUGUGGGAUAGCAUUUGCUCUGUCAUCCAGCCUGCGGAUUCACCAGCGGGUUCACACUGGGGAGAGACCAUUUACCUGCUCUGUGUGUGGGAAAGGAUUCAUUCGCUCAUCUCAACUGCUGGAACAUCAGCAAGUUCACACUGGGGAGAAACCAUUCACCUGCUCCCAGUGUGGGAAGGGAUUCACUCAGUCAUCCAACCUGCGGAGACAUCAGCGAGUUCACACUGCGGAGAAACCAUUUACCUGCUCUGAUUGUGGGAAGCGAUUUAACCAAUCAUCCCACCUGCGGAGACACCAGCAAGUUCACACUGGAGAGAGACCAUUCACCUGUUCUGAAUGUGGAAAAGGAUUCAUUCGCUCAUCUCAACUACUAGAGCACCAGCGAGUUCACACUGGGGAGAAACCAUUCACCUGCUCUGAUUGUGGGAAGGGAUUUACUCAAUCGUUCAACCUCCUGAGACACCAGCGAGCUCAUACUGAGAGACGUUCACUCAGUUAACUCAUCUGCUGAUACACCAACCUGUUCACUCUCUGAUGUAAAUUCAAACUGUUAGCACACCAGUGUAAUGACACUGGGUGGAUCCCAUUCACCUGCUGUGUUUGUGUAAAAAGCUUGGCUGUUUGCUAAUACACUAGCAAAUUCACAAGAACCACAGGUGAAGGAUUUUGCUUUUAUUCACAACAAGGAAUGAACCUUGGUCAUUAGGCCAUUUGAUGUUAUUAAACCCUGCUGUAUUAAAGGGGCUGAUGUUGCAGACAAAAUGUUGACACAAUUGUGUAUCUGUAGGAUAAGUUUUGAAAAUGAUCACAAUGUCACUGUAUGUCAACACAUUUACACGAGGUAAAGACUGUCCAGCUGCAUAUUGAUUUUGUGAUUUAUCAGGCUUGGUUAAACUGCAUUGAGUUUCCUAGCGAGUGUCAGUGUUGCAUUUUGAUGCUGUUAUUAUCUAUGUUCGAAACCAUGCUUUCUGAAUCUAUUUCUGAUGACGUUUGUAAACAUCACAGGUUCAGUUACCUACUGGAGAUAAAAAUAAUACAAGCUGGCUUUUUGUUAAAACUAA